CCGCGGCGGGAGAUCUCGCGAGAGGCGUUCUGAGGAGGAGGAGGAGGAGGCGAGGCCUGAGGUGGGAGGGGACGGCCAAGAUGGCGUCGGAGGGCGAGCUGGGCAGGAAGUGGGACCGGUGCCUGGCGGACUCCGCCGUCAAGCUGGGUGCUGGAUUCGGAUUAGGAAUUGUUUUCUCAGUCAUCUUCUUCAAAAGAAAGACAUGGCCUAUUGCGUUUGGGUCCGGGAUGGGGUUAGGAAUGGCUUAUUCCAAUUGUCAACAUGACUUCCAGUCUCCAUAUCUUCUCCAUGGUAAAUUUGUAAAGGAACAGUGACUAAUGGCUAAGACUAUCCCAGUGGGAAGGAAGGAGAAAUCAAUGAUUAUUCCUCAGGAAUACUGAAGUGCCCCUGGAAUAAGCCAACAUUCUUCAGUAACGAUCACCAGUAACUCUUUAUACUCCAAGAAACUGUUUCCAUACACAAAACAACGUUCUGUUCCUUGUUUUGUAUUGUAUGUCUGGAAAGUUCAAGGAAGAGCUCUUCUGGGAAAUAAAUAAAACAAAAACAGCCUUC